CGGGGGGUUUUCCGUAAAUUGCACUGAAGAAAAAAGGGUUCAGAAAACUCCCACCGUGUGUGCCAACUCCCCAAACGUCUGCUCUGCGGAGGCUCGGCAGUGCCGGUAAAUAAAAUCAGUUCGUGUUGACGAUGGAAGGGAUAUUAGGGCAGAACAGGGUUGACGAUGUGAGCUGGCUCUGCUCGCUCUCUGAGUCCGAACUUGACAUGUUGAUUAGCAUAAAAAGGAUUGUUCUUCAUCGUGCAAGGAUGAUUGGGUGCGAUGAACUUGCUCAAAAGUUUGAUCUCAAGGUGCUUCGAGCUCUUGCAUUUGUUCUGAUGGAAUGCGUCAAAGAUAAGGUAAAGGACUUGGCACCGCCAGAAUCUGCUGCAUUUAUGGGAAGUUGCAAUCUAUUAAAACAUAACCUUGGUGAUAUUAUGAGUCUUGAAGAGAUAAUGGCCUGUAUUGGUAUUGAUUCGAGAAAGGGUCCAAUAAAAAGACCGCACAAAGAAACUACACGAAAUCAAAAGAAACAGAAAACUGAAGCCAGUAAAUUAUGAGAUCAGGAAUCGCAGAGGCAGAGAAGAAUAGUCACGUGUUUAUAACACGAGUGAGUUUCCAGUGCCCCACUUUCGGAAACAGGUUCUAAAUGUGUAGUUGGACUCGAACAGAUCAUACAGGAGCGGAAUUCAUCUCUUUUUGUUCUAUUUUAUAUGUGUAUGAAGGCCAAGGUCUAAAUUACUUGAAAUUUUGUACUGAUCUUACAUAAUUUUGGAAAUAUCAAAGCAAGGCUUCUUAUAACUUUA